GUGACUGCUCGCGGUAGCUUUACCGCAGCGUCAGGUUACCACACAAGCUGUAACCUACUCCUGUUUCUGCCGCUGUUUUAAGACAGCCUGGCAGUCAGGCGGCUUUUUCCUGGUGGUCUCGAGAGCCGUCGUCAUUUUCCGGCUUGUUGGAGUACCGAGAUGCGUGUUGGAAUGACUUAACUGUCGAGGAAAGAGCGAGUUUGUUUCCCUGAAGACUUGAAGUGAACCGUUGACCUGUCAGCAUGAGAAGCAGGAGUAACUCGGGGGUUAAACUAGACAAUUAUGCCCGGAUGGUCCAACAAACUAUCCUGAGGCACCAAGUAAGUGUCUAACUUUGCUUUACAGGAAUACAAUGUCUUCAAAGUCUGUAAAGAGAUAGUCUGCUUUACCAGGAACGCAACUGCUUCGUACAUGUACUGCUGACAUGUUCACAGAGAGCACAGUCAGAUGUUGUUAAGCAUGCAGGAGGUGAAGCAAAGUUGCGCAACUCAGCGGCUCCCUUUCACAUGUAUGCACACAUUACACUGACAUUACUCCUGUGCAUGCAUGUGUGUUUGUUCAAAGUGACUGCAGAGUGAAGUUUGAGAGUUCAGACAUUUCGACACAUCCUCAUUAGCAUACACCAGAUAUUCAAAGUAGGGUGGGACAAAGUCGCGAUACGAUCAUUUAUCGUCCGAUAUGUUACCGUAAUCGUCCGAUAUAUGACCAGUAUUUAUGUUUUCCUUUCUGUUUGUCUCUGCUUGUUAAUAUUUCAUGACCUCUCACCUGGAUGCAAACCACACUUUUUGUUUUAGGGGCAGUAAGUUGUUUUGAUAACAUGAUGUACAUAAUUAAGCAACACAACAUUUCAGGACAACAGAUAUAAAAAUGCUAAUAUUUAUUUAACAAACCAAGUGAGGGUGGUGACAUACAAUUGUUUGUCUAAAUGCACAUCCUUACUUCCCCUUAUUAUCAGGAAAUGAACAAAAUUAGUAACAUAGCAAGCCUUGUCAUAAAUAUGAUUGUGCGACAACAAUAAACUUGUUGCUAAUCCAAGUUCAAACCCUUAAAGGGAUAUUCCAGCGUAAAAUUAAUUAAGGGUCAAACACAUUGUAACUCAGAGUGAGACACCCCGUCGAGAGAUGAAUGUUGCUGACCGCUUGCUUCUCUAGUUAUACCAACUUUAGUAACGACUGCACAAUAGCAGUACACAGCGGUCUGAGGAGCCAUCAACAAACCUCAUUUAUGAUCAUUGCUUCAUGGAAAUGCAAUCAGACUGAGACGCUAAGGCAGAAGAACUACCGCAUCUGCAGUGCAAAGUGAUUAAUAUGAUGAUUAUUACUUCAAGGAAAUGAUAAAGAAAUGAGUAUAAAUGUUCUUCCUCGAGCUGCGUCACCCCGCUGUAGUCCGCAAUGACCUGGCCCGAGGUCUUGCUACAAACAAGCGGCUGCUGGAAGAGAGUAGGUAAGUUGUGUUUAGUCUCUUUGCUAAAGAAAUUAGGCAAAGUUAAAAAGAUGUUUAGUGGCAAGUGCUAUGACUGGAACCCUAUAUGUCCUGUUGAUGAAGUUAGGUUCUGUUCUGAGCAUUAUUUGUGGCUAUAGAGUGGCGUUUUGGUUGAGGUUUGUUUAUGGAUCCAUAGACCGCUGUGUAUUGCUAUCAUGUGGUCGUUGCUGAAGUUGGUAUAACAAGAGAAGUAAGCGGUCGUCAACAUCUCUCAAGGGGAUGUCUAACUCGGUGUUACGGUAUGUUUUACCCUAAAUUUAUUUUAUGCCGGAAUAUCCCCUUAAGAGAAACCCCAAGUUCUCGAGAAAAGGUCUGUUUGGGGUCAGAAAAACUGAAAUGGUACAGCCCCAAAUAGCUGAAUAAGAAAUCUUUGAUAAUGGGACAGCUCCUUGGCAGCUGGAGGUGUUUCAUGCUUGCACUGCUAACUGGACACUUGCAGUAUUUGGACUUCCAGACUUUAUGAUUGUUUAUUCGGGCCUCUACCUGAAUCCUGGGCAUCUUAUUGGAAUUGAAAAAUCUUAUCAUUUCCUACGAUUAAAGGAACAGUCUGCUCUACCAUGAGAGCAGACAAACUCCCUUAAGUGAAGUCACCUCUGAAUUUGUCCCAAAUGGCUGCCGGCCAGCCUGCAGUCGCACAGCUCAGUGCUCAGAUGGAUCACUGCACUGAUGGCGGUGGCCGUGAGAGCAGGCUGAGGCUCACUGCUGCAGGGCAACGGUCCAAGAUGAUGAAUUUUACUGAGAGUGUAUUACAAUAAAUCUUCUGUCUGCUGUCGGUGAUUUGGCUCCUGGGAUCAUGAGAUCUGCAGUUUUGUUCAUUAGCUAAACAACCGAUCCACUACUCUCAUAAAUAAACCUCAGAUACCUCACCACGGAGCAGCAAAACCAGAUACUGACCUUAUUUUUGGCGUGUUUGUGCAACUUACCUACAUGUCUAAUGGUGAUGCAACCAAGCUUCAGCCUGCUGUGCUGAAAAAUAGAGCUAACGCAGAAGUGAAAUACAAAGAGCCCCAUCCCCAGAACCAAAAACAGAAAAAACAUUAAAACACCUUUCCAGAAACCAGCUGAUACCAACACAGAGACUGUCCCCACACUAUACACGGUCUUUAGAUGUGACCUUACUGGGUGUUGAGAGAGCUGGAUGUCAUGUUGUCCUAGAAUAAGGGACCUUAUUUUAACUUGAUCUUUAGGAGGAAGUGACUUUCAGGCCCCACAAAGUGAGAAAAGUAAAUGGUGUGUAACAAAAAUAAACCGUGUUUCAGACAGAAGACUGUUCUGGUUUUACGUUUCCUCAUCUGUCUGUCAUCAGAGGUUGUUGUCAGACGAGUAUUAACAUCCUCAUCACACCAGGAAACAGUGAGGCUUAUGGGAAAUGCAGUUUGGGGGGUUGUUGCUCUUAAACACAACGGUGAUCACACUUGGGUCAGAUGGUUCCUCUUCUCUUUAAAACCAAGGAUGCAGUGUUUCCUCCUUGAAUAACGUUCAGGAGCCCAAACAAAGUUAGCGUGCUGCAAUAUCAGACAGUAGAAACCAACCAGAAAGUACGUAAAAUUCUCUGAAUCCUCCUUUGGCCACGACUGCCAACACAAGCAAGAAAACAAAGUAAAUACCGGAGACUCUGGCGGAAUAACGGGCGCUUAAAACGGAGGUAGACCGGACAAGAGCCAAGAAGCCGGGUCAACAUAAAACAAUAGACAGGUUUCUGUGCAACUUCAUUGCAGGUAUGCGUGUGCGCAGCCUUGGGCAGAAAGCAGGACAUUUCUUAUUUGUUUACCAAUGGAGUCAACGGAGAAAGAAAAUGACAAGUAGCUGUUGUGCUGUAAACUGCACAAAUCGGCAAAACAAACAAUCGGCAAACAUUACGAACCUGCUCCUGAUAUUAGAAACAUCUGAAACAACGUCACAACCUGGUAAAGUGAGUGAAAUUCAUAGAUAUUCCAGCAAGUGUUUUUUUAUUUUUUUAUUUUGAUGCAAUGAAAGACAAAGCAAUUUUUGCUUUUGUCCUCUGGUUGUGCGCGCACCUUGUAUUGUUUGUACACAAGAAACCCGUGUAUGGCGGAUACUUCGGGAUCUUCCGGACCCUGUAACCUUACUGCUGGACAGGUAAACCGCUUUAACAAAGUAAGACAAGUGUCUGUAACAGAAGUGUUUCUUGUCAAAUGGGACCUGCUGUGUGUUGUAUACGCCUCGCCAGUGGCGGAUUUAAAAGUGAGGACAGUUGCGGUUCUGAUUGGCGAAAACAGGUCUCGGCUGUGUUAAACCCACUCCACGCCCUCUUUAUGGCUUACGCCGCUUGGAGGAGCGGAGUUAGUGAGGGGGGAUACUUACGCUGGGCUGCGCCGCUAACCAAAAUACCAAAAUGUGCUUGGGCAUGCCUUGUCGGCGCGGUGGACCUGACUUACGCCGCGCCUGCGCCAUGUCGCCGGUGAGGAACGAAAACAGAGCCCAUUGUGUUUGCUGGUAGUCUGUUGGCAUCUACAGUAGCACCAAUGCUUUUGACUUUCAUGUUGACUGGGCCCCAUUUGUAAUUAUCUUAAGUAUUUAUCUGCAUUAUAUCUGAAUUUAAUUGGAACGAUACGAGCGCGCAGGAGCGUCUGUUUGUGGGCGGGGCUUGCUGGAGCAGAGAGGGAGGGGAGAGGAGGAGCUGAGGGGAAAACUGGUUCGGCGGGGUAGAGUUUACAUUCAAGAAUUCCCCCAAAAACUGGCACUAACUCAGAUCCUGACUACGCCAUCUUUAAAAUGAUUUGCAAAUCCCAAUUUAAUCAAUAUUUUUGCUGAGAUUUUAUCGCUAAUGAAUAUGAGUCCCUGAAGUGUUCAACUCUCUACUGUCUGUAUUUAAAGUUCCUCAAGUUUGAUGGUCCUCUGAGACUGAUUCCUCCAACUCCUGACUCUUGACCUCCUAUCUGCGUCCCUCAGGACCCAGUAACAGGCCUUCUGUCAGGCAGUCCGGAUCAGCCUCACGCCUGGGUCAGAGACAAUGUUUACAGCGUGGUGUCUGUGUGGGCCCUCAGCUUGGCUUACAGGAAGAACGCCGACCGGGACGAGGACAAGGCCAAGGCCUACGAGCUGGAGCAGGUAGAGUCCGUCUUCUGCUUAAGACUCGAUCGUUCUUGAAGUUCGGUCCGUGUGGGGCCUCGGUUUGGUUUCAAGUUUCUCUGUUGGACUUCCAGAGACACAUGCUGGAAGUGUUGACAUUUAACCGUCUCUCUCUCUCUCUCUCUGUCUCUGCAGAGUGUGGUGAAGCUGAUGAGAGGCGUCCUGCAGUGCAUCAUGAGGCAGGUAUGUUGUCUCAAACACCCAAAACGUGAACAUGCUCUCUCCGUCCCUCUGCUUCACUAACACACGUCCACUCCUUCUGCUCCUUCCCAGCUCGACAAAGUGGAGAAGUUCAAAUACAGCAGAAGUACCUCAGACGCUCUCCACGCCAAGUACAACACCAGGACCUGCGCUCCGGUUGUCGGGGACGACCAGUGGGGUCACCUGCAGGUCGACGCCACCUCGCUCUUCCUGUUUUACCUCGCUCAGAUGACGGCGUCAGGUAGAUAUGUCGAAAUCGCGCCUCUACACUAUAAAAAGAAGAGUAUGUAGACAUCAAACGUUUAGAAAAUGCUUUUAUUCACGUCUAAAUUUAGGUCUCCACAUCAUCUACACCCAAGACGAGGUGGACGUGGUUCAGAAUCUCAUGUUCUACAUCGAGGCGGCGUACAAAGUGGCCGUGAGUCUCCGUUUAUCGGCCAAAUCUGUGUUGAAAUAACCGCCUGUGUAAACAUUACCAACGCCGUCUUCUCCUCUGGUUCCUCUCAGGAUUACGGGAUGUGGGAGAGAGGAGACAAAACCAACCAGGGCAUCACUGAGAUUAACGCCAGCUCGAUCGGCAUGGCGAAGGUUAAUACGCACACACGCUGAAACAGACAAUAAUAAACGCACUCCGGAGACGAUAACAGCGGGUAUCAGGUAGAUGGAGCAGAGAGCGGCUCUGAGCGCUGAGUGAGGGCCCAACAGGUGCUGCUGUAAAACAUCUCUGGCUCGGUGGAAGGUGUCUAGUCACUGCGGCGGCCUUUAAGCUGACCUUUAGGCGGCCCAGACUCUUUAAACCGACUCUGGAUCAGAGCUUGGUCCACAAAGUCUUCCUAAUAGAAAAGUGUAAAUCUGCUCUCUUUGAAGAUCUCUUAAAUAAAGGGUAAUUUGUCCUAUUUAGGCUAAUAGAUCUUGUUUUCGGCAUUCUUUGGUUUUAAAAGACAUUAAAAUAUCGUUUUUUAGUCCGUUUGAAGCUUCAGAUCAAAGAAAACAUCAAAAAUCCUGCCGUUUUACACAACAGAGCACUCCCUCUUUCCCUCUCUCUCUCUUCCUCUCUUUCUCUCUCUCUCUGUCUGUCUGCCGCUGACCGAGCUCCGUCCUUGCCCAGAGGAGGUAUCAGGUUCUCUGCGGUCUUCCAAGAAUGGCUUCUCCCCUCAGAAUAACACAGUACUAUCAGUACUCUGUACAUGCAAACACACACUGAGUUUAAUUUAAGACUCUGGAAACAGGCGCCGCUGCAGGAAGUCUCUCUAAGCGCCGAUAAGACGCAGUUAUGAGAGUCUUAUGAAGGGAAAGCAGCUCGAUUUGAUACUUGUAGUAUCAGACGAGGGUGAGGUAUUACAGUUACGCCACAUACACUACAGGCCAAACAGUUGGGAGUAACUUUUAUGUAUUUAUGGAUGUAUUUACUCCACGAUCAGAUGUUGCUUUCAUGGAAAUGCACCAUUUUCCUCCAUUUACCUUUAGAUAUACAUUGAUGUUAACAGACCAUUGCUAAAUAUAUGUCAGCAAAAGAUAAUAAGGGUUUGUUUUAGGGUUGAAAUCAAGUUGUAAGAGUCACAACUUCAGUGCAACAGCUUUGGCUUUUGGGAGUCUGCAUAUAAAACCCUAAUAAAUCUUAACUGCGUUCAAAUCUCUGAUGAACUAUCGCAGAAAUGACGAGAAAGAAGCAGCUGAGUAAAGAAAUAAGAGUACAGAUUUGUUGUCACUGAAUGCGAAUAAAGUCUUCCUGUCUUUAAAUAAACUCCAGCUGAAUCGCACAGAUUGAUAAAACAAUCUUAGGUAGCACUUUAUAUUAACGUGGUUGUAAUAAGUUGUAAUUAAUAUGUAAUAAGUCACUUAUAAGACACUAUAAGACCUUAUUAACACAAAUAAGUCUGUGUCAGUGUUAAUAGAGACAUAAUAAGUGCAUAACAAAAUAUUAUAAGGCUUUUAAUAUUUCCUUAUGAAGCGUUUUAAUGUAAACAAAUAUCUUAUUAAUGUUUAUGACAGUAUAUAAACGAUUAGUACGUUUCUAAUCAGUACAUAAUGAGUGUCUUAUAAGACAUGAUAAAGGCGUUUAUUAUGCCUUUAUUGGUAACGCUUUCUUUUAUGGUACACUUAUUACCAUGUAAUUAACAGGUAAUUACCCAGUAACAACAUGUAUUUAUCUGGUAAUUACAUGAUAACUACUAAGUCAAUACUGUCUAGCUACCAGGUUGGUAACCUUCCAUCAUCAUACAAAUUAGAAGCCGAAAUGCUCUGGUAUUUCCAGGAUUUUCUCCGCUUUGUACGCGUUUGGCGGGUGAGUCGCUGUGAUAACCCUCGGCUCAGACAGCGUAUCGCUACACAAUCUUCGCACCCCCAUAGGCUGUAUCAAGUGUCAAUCAUAGAAAAUAAGAACCUCAAAUAGCUUUUGAAAAUGGAGCUGCACAGCAAAAAGAAAAAAAGAAAUAUAGACAAUAUUGACUUAGUUUUUAUCGUGUAAUUACCAGAUAAUUUCAUGUUGUUACUAGUUAAUUACCUGGUAAUAAGUGUACCGUAAAAGUUACCUAAUGUCUUAUAAGUCACUUAUUACAUAUUUAUUAAAACUUUUUACAAUCACCAUGAUAUAAAGUGUUACCCAAUCUUAAGUUAACCCAAGACUAAUUUAAAAGCCUUUUAGCUGGUUUAAAAUCACUAUUUUCUGAAUUUAAACCUCCAACAAACAUAAAAACAGAUCUGUUCAUCUGAGUCUUUUAUUAUAAGGUGAUAUAAUUCAUCCUUUUUCUCAACUUUUCUGUUUGGAAACAUUCAUACAGUUUCUUUUUUUAUCAGCACACAAUCAAAACUUCAAAUGACUGAUGUUAUGUAACCUGGAUUAUCCUAUAAAUAGAAAUAAUCCCAGAUGCUUUAGCGUCAUAACCAAAUUUGGUGAUUAUCUCGGCUUCGGUUCUUCUUCUCUGCACGCUACAGUGUAGUCCUGUUGGUAACGGGGUCAUGUGACUUCUGUGUGUCCCGCAGGCCGCUCUGGAGGCUCUAGAUGAACUCAACCUGUUUGGAGCCAAAGGUGGACCUGGAUCUGUGGUUCACGCUCUGGCUGAUGACAUACAGCACUGUCAGGUACGUGCACGCCCACUCAUUAAGAUGCAUGUAAACAGUUCUGAUGUUGAUUUUUAACCCCUUCACCUCCUUCUUCUUCAGUCCAUCCUGACGUCCAUGUUACCGCGGGCGUCCAUGUCUAAAGAAGUCGACGCAGGAGUCCUGUCGAUCAUCUCCUACCCAGCCUUCGCCGUGGAGGACAUAAGCAUCGUCAACCUGACGAAGGAGGAGAUCAUCUCCAAACUUCAGGUACAGAGAAACAGGAAGUGAAAUAAAGGAGGACAGAGCAGGUAGAGAGGUUUGAGACAGAGGACAGGAAAGACAGAGCUGACGUCCUCUCUGUGUGUCUGUGAUUCAGGGUCGGUACGGCUGCUGCAGGUUUCUCAGGGACGGACACAAAACCCCUAAAGAGGUAAACACCCCUCAGAGAUAAUGAGUAUUUCUGCGGUAUAGAUUCAUAGAUCUAGUAACACCAGAUCACCUUCUGCCUCUUCUUUGCCUCUUCAGGAUCCGAAUCGUCUGUACUACGAGUCUGCGGAGCUGAAGCUGUUUGAGAACAUCGAGUGCGAGUGGCCGCUGUUCUGGACGUACCUCAUACUGGACGGCAUCUUCAUCAACAGUCCAGAGCAGGUGGCGUCCUAAUCUAAGCGUUCACGCUUCUUAUUUCCUUGGAUUAUUAAAGGGAUAUUCCGGUGUAAAAUUAAUUUAGGGUCAAACACCGUAACACAGAGUUAGACACCCUGUCGAGAGAUGAAUGACGUCGAAUGACAAAUAAUGCUCAGAACAGCACCUAACUUCAUCAACAGGACAUAUAGGGUCCCAGCCAUAGUACUAGCCACCAAACAUCUUUUUAACUUUGACUCAUUUCUUUAGCAAAGAGACUAAAAACAACUUACCUACUCUCUUCCAGCAGCCGCUUGUUCGUGGCGAGACCUCGGGACAGUCCAUUACGGACUACAGCGGAGUUUCGCAGCUCAAGGAAGAACAUUUAUGAUUAUUACUUCAUGGAAAUACAAUCAGACCGGGACGCUAAGGCAGAAGAACUACCACGUCUGCAGAGAAAAUGAUUAAUAUGAUGAUUUUUACUUCAAGGAAAUGAUGAAGAAAUGAUCAAAAAUGUUCUUCCUUGAGCUGCGAAACCCCGCUGUAGUCCCUAAUGCUCUGACCUGAGGUCUUGCUACAAACAAGUGGCUGCUGGAAGAGAGUAGGUGAGUUGUGUUUAGUCUCUUUGCUAAAGAAAUGAGUCAAAGUUAAAAAGAUGUUUGGUGUCUAGUACUAUGGCUGGGACCCUAUAUGUCCGUUAGCGUCCGUUAUAUGUCCUAUAUGGCGUUUUGGUCGAGGUUUGUUUAUGGCUCCUCAGACUGCUGUGUAUUGCUAUCAUGCGGUCGUUACUAAAGUUGGUAUAACCAGAGAAGUAAGCGGUCGGCAACAUUCAUCUCUUGAGGGGGUGUCUAACUCUGGUGUUAUGCUGUGUUUGACCCUAACUUAAUUUUACACCGGAAUAUCCCUUUAAUGAUGGAUGUUUGUUCCAGGUGCAAGAGUACCAGGAGGCUCUGGAGGGGAUCCUGAUCAAACAGAAAGACGGGAUCAGGCUGGUGCCAGAACUCUACAGUGUCCCUCAUGAUAAGGUAGGGACUGUGAUGGACUUUGCAGGAAGACUCUCGUUUAGCGUAAAUGUGUUUUUUUAAAUUGUUGUUUGUUUGUGUUUUUUAACAGGUGGAGGAGGAGAACAUGAACCCUCACUCCGUGGAGAGGGUCUCCGUCGGUAAAUGUCCUCUGAAGUGGGGACAGUCUCUGUACAUCCUGGGAAACCUCCUGUCUGAGGUGAGCCGACAUGAACUUACUCAGACCAGGAAGACUUGAUUAUGAUCCUUGUCGAGGGUUUUAUGGUGUCAGAGGUGUUUGAAGGUCCUGGUUCUCCUGAUGUCUCCUUUCUCCAGGGGUUUCUCGCUCCUGGGGAGAUCGACCCUCUAAACAGACGAUUCGCCACCAUCCCCAAACCCGACGUGGUCGUUCAGGGUGAGUUCACAAACGUGUGAGGAGGCGUUGAUCCGUGUUUUGUGGCGCUCACGUUUACUCCCUCUCUCGUAGUGGCGAUUCUGGCAGAAACGGAGGAGAUCAAACAGCUGCUGAUGAAGAACGGCAUCGACGUGGAGACGGUCGCCGACAUCCAUCCCAUCCACGUGCAGCCCUCCAGAGUGCUGAGCCACAUCUACGCCAGACUUGGUAUGACCUUGAAAGACCUCAGGAACUUCUUCUAGGCAAAGUCUCAAGACGUGGAGGAUGAGAUUUAUCUGUUUAAUUUAGACGCUUUUGUUCUGAUGAGAACUUUCCAGAAAUUUAACCAUCACGUGUUUCUCCUGCAGGUCGUAACCCGAGGUUAGGUCUGACGGGGCGACCCUACAGGAGGAUCGGAGUUCUGGGGACCUCCAAGUUCUACGUCAUCAGGAACACCAUGUUCUCAUUCACACCUCAGGUUCAUUAUAUAACACAGAUAUGAUAACUUUCUCAUAGACCGUUAUAUGAGUGAGUUAACAUAUAACCGGCAGUAAGAAAGUUUUCAUAUAACCAUCUUUUAGAAACUUUAUCAUAGACAGUUAUAUAUCUUUAUUACAGUCGGCUACAUGAUAACUUUCUUAUAAAAGGUUAUAUGCUAAGUUACUCAUAGACAGUUAUAACUUUCUCAUAGACGGUCAUUUGAUAACUUUCUCAUACACAACUUUCUCAUCGUUGGUUACAUGAUAAAUUUCUCGUAGACGGUAGAGAGUUAGACAACAGCCUUCUCAUAGAUGGUUAUACGAUUACUUUCUCACCGACGGUUAUAUAAUUACUUUCUCAAAGAUGGUUAUAAAUAACUUUUUCAUAGACGGUUAUAUUUUAACUUUCUCAUACACAACUUUCUCAUCGUUGGUUACAUGAUAAAUUUCUCAUAGACGGUAGACAGUUGGACAACAACCUUCUCAUAGAUGGUUAUAUAAUAGCUUUCUUACAGACGGUUAUAUGAUAUCUUUCUCAUCCACGAUUAUAUGAUAACUUUCUCAUGGACAGUUGUAUGAUUACUUUCUCAAAGAUGGUUAUACGAUGACCUUCUCAUAGACAGUUAUAUGGUAAAAUUCUCAUAGAUGGUUUUAAAAACCUGUUUCAUAGACGGUGAAAUGAUAACUUUUUCAUUAAUAAUUAUAUAACAUUCUCAAAGAUGGUUAUAUGAUAACUUUCUUAUAGAUGAUUAUACAAUAAAUUUCUCAUAGACAGUUAUAUGAUAACUUUCUCAUAGAUGGUUAUAAAUAACUUUUUUAUAGACGGUGAAAUGAUAACUUUCUUAUUGAUAAUUAUAUGAUUACAUUCUCAUAGACGGUUAUAUGAUAACUUUCUCAUGGAUGGUUAUAUGACAACUUUCUUAUAGAGGUAUAUACAAUAAAUUUCUCAUAGAGAGUUAUAUGAUACCUUUCUCAUACGCAGUUACAUGAUAACUCUCAUAAACGGUUAUAUGAUAACUUUAUCAUAAAUUGUUACAAAUAACUUUCUCAUAGACAGAUAUAUGACAACUCUCAUAGAUGGUCAAAUGAUGACUUUCUUAUAGAUGGUUAUCUGAUAUUUUUCUUAUAGACGGUUAAAUGAUUGCUUUCUCGUUGACAGGUAUAUGAUAACUUUCUCACAGACGGUUAUAUGAUAACUCUCUCAUAGACGGUUAUAUGAUAACUCUCUCAUAGACGUUUGGUUAUAUGCUGUAGUUUUGAGUUCACUCCCAUCAUCCUCCUCUUCAUUCAUUAAACCCUCCAGUUCAUCGACCAUCAGCAGUUCUACAUCGCGUUGGACAACAAGAUGAUCGUGGAGUCGCUGAGGACAGAAAUCUCAUACCUGGCCUCCAGGUGGAGGAUGACCGGACGUCCCACCAUCACCUUCCCAAUUUCACAGACCAUGCUGAGUAAGUUGAGCUUAAUUAAACCAUAAACUACACUUAACAAGACUAAAGUAUAAUGAUUAAAAAACAACCUGGAUUAUCCCUCUUUGUGUUUCAGCUGAAGACCGCUCAGACCUGGACCCUGCAGUUCUGGCUACUCUGAAUAAACUACAGGAUGGAUACUAUGGAGGAUCCAGGUGAGUUCAGGAGAGGAUACUUGACGUGUUUCUGGAGAUUUAAAGGUUUUAAAAACAGCAGAAGGAGAAAAAUGCAAUCCUUUGAAAGUCCUGAGAAAACCUCACACUGAACCUCAGUUAUCAUCUCCGUCCUCCAGGAUCCAGACGGGGAAGCUGUCGGAGUUAACGACCACCUCCUGCUUCGCUCACCUCAGCUUCCUGGACGGUAAGGUUUCUGGCAGCAUGAAGCGCCACCAGGAAGAGUAUGAUGAUGAUGAUGAGGCUGACGGCGAUGGAUACGUGCAUGAGUUACAUAAUGAUGAUGGUAAGAAAAAAAACACAGACCGAUGGAUGGAUGGGGAGGAAUGGUGACGCCAGAUGAUUUCCUCCUGUCAGCUCUAAAAAAGACAUCAAACUAAAUCUCCUCUCUGAUAAUAACCCGUCAAAUAUUCGUAUUACUCACCUCUAUCCUGCUGUGACAUCAUCACUGAUUUCCCCGUCCCCAUCUUCUCUGUACGGAGCUGAAAAAGCAUGCGCUCUUUCUGCUCUAAAGACUCUGAAUAAUUCUGAUUUAUUCGCGUUUGUGUCGCUUAGAUUCGCUGCAUAUAGAGUCAUGCUCAAACGCCGCUUCACUGACAGCUGCUUCUUGCUAUGAAAUGAUCUCCUGCUGACAGACGCAUGCUGCAGAUUGAAUUUUGCAUCGUUCGUUAUUCAGCCGUUAAUUGGUUUUACCAUUCUCCUUCUAUUAGUGGUGUCAGAUUUUAACCCCGUAAUAUUGUGGCCAUAAAAAUAUCACAAUAACAGAAUAAUUGCAUGUUUUAUUGGAAACUUGAAAGUAACACAAUCAGUAAAAUUAAGGAAAAGGCACCAACACAUUAACUGUUAUGUCGAAGAUGAUUCUUUAUUUUGUGCUCUUAUUUUGAAAUUUUCUCCAUCUUGAAUUUAGGCGUUGCCAAACUAUGCUUUUAUUUUGAAGUGUUCUACUUCUGGUAGACCGCCUCGCUUGAUCCGCUCCGUCCUUAUUGUCAGUAAAUGUUGGAACAGAAGUAAAAAAAAGUCAAAAUAAAAGCCUCAGAAAUUAUCGGCUUAUGAGACGAUCUCCUCUGCAGCGUCAGGUCAGAGGAACCAGAUUAAAGGGAGUUUCCGUCAUAGUAGAAAUUUGUGGUCCCUGAACAGGAAGGUGUAAGAACAAACAGUAGAAACUUAAAAAAAAGUGUUUAAAUAACUAAAAAGUUCACAAAAAGUUUGUCAAAUCAAGCAUGUCAGAAUAAAAGAAUGUGCAUGGAUGUUUAUGUGGAGUAUCUUCAGCUUGUUGCACGCCACACAUCCUGUCAUUUGGACCCUUACCCCCAAUUUCCACCGCAUCCAGAACGGCUACAAAAAGGCGGUAUCCGCUGAUCGUAACCAUUCAAGUUAAUGUGUCGAUUUCCAACGGCUUCCGCUGCUGAUGGACGGACUCUGCAAACAAGCGGGGACGAACAAGUCAAAGGUGUAUCGACGUCACUCCACCCCGAUGACACCAUGGAUGAGGAGAUGUUGAUUCUAGAAGUCUAGAUGUAGAUUUCCUCCUCUUGAAGGACACAAUCUACUGCUUUUAUGGUUAUGUAGCUGUCUUUAUAGAGACAACUCAUUAUCGCGCUAUUGCACGUGAAUCCGCCACGAAAUUCGAAAAUCCUCACAAACGGAGCUGGUAGAUAUUGACGGAUGGUGAAAAUCGUUGCCGUUCCAGAUGCGGUGGAAGUUCGGGGUUACUGUCGUUUGAAGGUUUAGUUAAAGUGUUUAUAAGAACUUGUGUUUGUAAACUCGAUAAAGGUGAGUCAUUUCUUUACCUAAUACUGAUGAUAAAAACUGUUUUCUGUCUUUUUCUCACUCUCUCUGAAGUCUUUCUCGUUUGUUUUUGACCUUCUCUCUCCUUCCUGUCUCUUGUCUCUCUUCAGAGGCCGAUGACCUGGCUCAGUACCUGGACCACCUGUUGGCCCACUCCGCCCCCAAGAAGCCCAAGCAGCCGGUGAAGGGUCUGGGGAGGUUUAAGGCUGCAGCCGCCAAAACGAAAGAGAUGGUGUCCCUGAUGAACAAAGCUCAGGAACUGGACGUCCACAGUGAGCUGAACCCAACUUUUUCACCCCGCCAAAAUAAAAGUAACUACGUCGAACCCUGAAACAACUUUGUGUUUUUCCUCCCCACAGACGUAAACAUGUACCUGCCAAGCAAGCUCUUCCGCACACGACACCCGUCCCUCAACCUGAACCUUCCAGACCCUGCAGAGCAUCCUCAGGUGUGUUGCUCUUUCCCUCUAGUCCACCUCUUCAUGUAUCCGCUGUGUUUAACCCCGACACUCCUCCGUCCCUAAGGUUCCCGAGGUGAAAAUCACAGCAGACACCGGUAUCCCCAGAGACGCCAGCGGAGCCAUCGAGUACAACGCUUUGGCCCAGGUGCUCAAAGAAACGCAGAACCUCCAGGACCAGGCUGACAUCCUCUACAUCCUCUACAAAGACAAGUGAGGGAAACAUCUGCAUUACCGAGACAAAAACUUUCAAUUCAGACCCUUUUUGACUUGGCUAAGACGUCCCCAACCUUUGGUUUAUGACUUCAUGUUGUUCUCGUUAUCUAAAAAGUGCCGUGGUUACAUAUGACAAGGAUCAAGUCAUCGGCGUAAAGAUUAAACCAAACAUUAAAACCAAAAGAGAUGAAGUGAGAAAAACAAAGGCCCUAAGACAGAUCCCUGAGGUACACCAAGUCCCCAAUGGAGCCUUUAAAGGCUUGAACAUGAACAUUAAUGCAAUAAUGUUCUCCCAUCCACUUGUAAAGAGUCAAUCCAGACCUUUUUGAUGAAAUCCAAGCAUGAAAAUGUACGCUAAGUUUUGCAGUUUGCUCGUUUUGUGUCCGGUCUUGGAGCGAAACCGUUAGCAUCUCCACCUGAUCAGACAUAUCAAAGUAUUCCCAAAAGACUAAAUGUACAGGUUUGUUGAUUUUAGGUCCUCCAGAGGUGGAGUUGUGUGUGAAUUGUGUAGGGCUGUGAGAUAAACCAAAAAUUUACUGAUACCGAAAUUUACAAAUUUUUAACUGACGUCAUUUUGCCCAUACCGGUAUAUUCCGUGUCAAAAAAGCAGCUUGUGGAGUAGUUAUCGUCUAUUUAUCGUUAUCGAGGUGAUUAUUAUAGGAUUAUUUCUAUUUGCAAAGAUUGUCUCAUUUAAAAGAAUUAAUUUUAUCUCAAAAUGACCAAUUCUUAAAACUGCGUCAAAUAUAGUAGAAAUCAAACUUUUGUAAAAAUCUUUUGAGUAUUUUUUAUUUUAUUUUUUUUAUUUCUUAUUAUUUUUUUUUUCCAAAAUUGACAAAAUAUUUUGCAGCUCUGCCAAAAAACAAAAGUUAAGACGAAGUUGAUGUGGGAGGGGGUGAGCAGCUUGUGGAGUAGUUAUCGUCCAUUUAUCGUUAUCAAGGUGAACUGAUCAAUAAAUCGUGAUAUUGAUUAGACGCCAUAUCGCCCAGCCCAAGAAUUAGUUUUUUUUUUUUUUUUGCAGGGAGCAAAACAAUUGGUGCAUUUGACUCUUUUUGCCUCCAUCCGUUUGUGGAAAACUGUUGAAUCUCACAAGUUUAAACUACUUUUCCUGUCUGUGUGUGUUUGUAUUUGUGUGUUUGUGUGUGUAUGUGUUUGUUGUGUGUGUGUUUCCGACAGGGGCAUGGACUGGGACACUCAUCUGCACGGGAAAGGCACCACAGUCAGGACUCUGCUCACUGACCUUUACCAGAAGGCGGGUGAACUCAAACACUGGAGCCUCAUCAGGAUGAUCUCUGGCAUGCUGAGGAAGAAGGUGGAGGAGCUGGACUGGGUACGACACACACACACACACACACACACACACACACUAACAUAAACACAGCUAUAAAUAAACAGGGUGACAUUCACUGAAGGGUCCCUCCCUCGGCCAAAGACUCCACAUGCUCCUCCAAGUGAGACCUUGAAAACGUUUGACUGAAUCAGAGCGUAAACACAUGAUUGGUAAUUGAUCACAUGUUAUUGAUCCUCCUCUUGUAGGCCUGCUCUGACCUGCUGGCCCACCAGAAACACCUGACAGUAGGUCUUCCUCCCGAGCCCAGAGAGAAAACCAUCACCGCCCCCAUCCCCCCAGACCAGCUGGCGACUCUCAUCGAAGAAGCCAGCGACAACAACCUCAGCGUGGCCAUCCUCACCCAGGUCGGAAACAUCCUCCUCUUCCACCAUCAUCUUCAUCAUCUUCUUCUUCUUUAGUUUUUGACACCUUCACCUCUCGUUUCAGGAGAUCAUGGUGUACCUCGCCAUGAGCAUCAGGACUCAGCCGAACCUCUUCACCGAGAUGUUCAGGCUGCGUAUCGGUCUCAUCAUCCAGGUGAUGGCGACCGAGCUCGCCCAGUCCCUCAACUGUUCAGGUAAGACGGCAGGAUUUGAGUUAUUGUUGCUUAGACUUUGCUUUCUUUAAAGUAACCUCCUCUGGCUUUAACAACAGCUUGGUAUAUACCAGGCAUUCAUUCCACAAGUUUUUGAAAGUAUGUUCCAGGGAUUGCAUUCCAAGCUUUCUUAAGUUCAUUAAAAAGAGACUGCUGAUUCGUGGGAUGCGUUUUUCUGACCGAUCAAUCCAAUUCAUCCCCGCACAAGCUCAGUUGGAGAGAGUUCUGGAGACUGAGGGGGCCAAACCAUCUUUUGAAGAACACCUUCCUCUUCUUUUUUGUCUGGGUAACCCUGACAGAGCUUGGCAGAGUGCUUAGGGUCAUUGUCUUGUUGAAAAAAACAAACUUAUGAGCCACAAGUCUGAGUCCAGAUGGAACAGCAUGGUGCUGGAGGAUGGAGUGGUACUGUUCCUUCUUCAUGAUACCCUUUACUUUAAACAAAUCUUCUACUCCAUCACCUGCAAAACAUCCCCAUACCAUGGAGCUACCACCUCCAUGCUGAAUUGUGGGUGUAACACAUGGUGCUUUCAGACGUUCACCAGUUUGUCUGCGGACAUAGACUCUGCGUUUUGAACCAAACAGUUCAAACUUGUUUCUUGUCAUCAUAAGUCCAAUUUUUGUGAGCUUUAGCCCACUCAUAUCUUUUUUUCUUGCUCUGUGGACGAAGUAGUGUUUUUUUUGCAGAUGCACAACCCUUCAGACCAGCCUUUCUCAAACCUCAUUUCACGGUUGUCAGAGAUGUGGGUUUCGACCUUGUCAUGUUGAUUUUGACAAUGCUAUGUUUAUCCUCUGCUUUUGUAGUAACUCUCUUUCUUCCAGGUCUCAUAACUUCCAGGUUCCUCUAGUCUCCUCAGAGUGUAGUGGACUCCUUUGUUAAACACCUUUAGGCGUUUUGCAAUUUCGCUUUCUGUGUACCCUUCUUUCCUCGAUGUACAAAUCUGUACUCUUGUUUCUUUACUCAGUUGCUUCUUUCUUGCCAUUUCUGCGAUAGUUUGUCAGAGUUUUGAACACGGGUGAGAUGUAUUGGGAUUUUUGUAUGCAGACACUCAAAAGCCAAUAAUCUUUUGUUGACAUUUAUUCAGCAAUGGUCUGGUAACAUCAAUGUAUAUCUAAAGGUAAAUGGAGGAAAAUGGUGCAUUGUGAAAAGAAACUUGAAGUAGUUUCCAAAUGUUUGGCCUGUUUUGGUCCUGCUUCCAAACUUUGUUCCUGUGAUCUGUGUUUAGGUGAGGAGGCCACCGAGAGCCUGAUGGGUCUGAGUCCAUCAGAGCUGAAGAACCUCCUCCAUCACAUCCUCAGCGGGAAAGAGUUCGGAGUGCAGCGCAGCGGUAAGUCCUCCGACCGUCGCAUCCCGAUCUCUCACGCAUCCUUCCCGCCCUAGGGUUUGAUUUUUCUCCUCCUUCACAGUCAGAGAGCUGGACGCCGGGGUCAGUCCGGCCAUCUCCAUCCAUCAACUCGGCAACACCGGCGCCACCAAGAGCGAGAGAGCCGGCAUCAGCAAACUGAAGAGCGACAUGAGGAUGGUAGGAAGAAAAAAAACCUCAUCUGUGGUUAAACUACAGAGCAGCAGUCCUAGAUCUGAACUUUAGAGCUCGGUAGAAACGGUUCUUGUUGUGAAGAGAGUCCCUGAACGCACCGUUGACGUUAAAGCUGCAGGAUUUGUCUGUGUUUGUUCGUUUUUUACGUCCUUUUGGCAAACUGACGUCUGUUGUGUUGCAGCUGGAGCACAGGUUGUCUCUGACGGAUCCCAGUAAGGUGAUGUUGCUUUGAGCACACCUGGUGGUGGUAAUUCACCUGGAUGAUUGAGGGGGAUGAAGUCUGUGCAUGUUAACUCGUCGAUAAUUCGAGGAGAUCCAGAUUUAAUUUCUGUUUUCUUUGUGGAAACAUGGAAUAGAGUUUUUUAAAAACCAGAACAGAUUGGAUUUUUAACUCGGAGGUUUUUGUGUUGCAGGCGGAGCGCAGUUUGUCCGUGUCGGAUCCAUCGAAGGUGAUGAUCACAUGAAGGAUGAUUAACUCUUUCAGCUGAACCGCCUCCUCUCUCUUUCUUCUGCUUCUCUAUUUUUACUGCAAACUCAUCAGCGAAUAAUAACUGAAGUCGUGAAGGUGUUAAUUCACCUUUCAUGUAAACAUCACCUGCUGCUUUCACUCUGCCUUCAUGAGUUAUUCUUGAAAAGAUGGACGACAUGACAGGUCCCCUAAAGUGAAGCCGAAACAUCAGCCCGCCUUCUCCAUGUAAACGGAUCAAACAUGGUCGGACUUGUUUUUCGAGGAGGUUUAGUUUUAAGUAGUUAUUUCAUGUUUUAAAAUGGGGCAUAAUGGCCGAGCGAGUUAGCGCACCACCUACCGGGACCACGCUCCCCGCAGCGGUCGCAGGUUCGAGUCCAGCCCUGAACAUGUGCUGCAUGUCCUACCCCAAUCUCUCUCUAUUUCACAGUUAUCACAGUUCUACGCUAAAAAAUCGCCAAACAAAAGAAAAAUUGGGAGUGAUGUUAAAGUGAUUGACAGCUCUGUUGUCGAAUCAGGCUCCUGCUGCUCAGAGAGGAAAAGUAAUAAACUAAACAGAUUUUAACAAAGACAAAAGUAGUUAUAACAAUAAUAAACAAAAUAAAAAUAAAAAAGUAAUAAAAGUAAGCGUUUUUUCUCUUUUUUGUUUUUUUUUGUUUCAUCCAAAAGAAAUUUGAAUUUUUUUUUUUCCUAAUGAUAGUCAUAAUAAUAAUAAAUAAAAAACAGUGGUAUAAGUAAUAGUUUUUUUUUCUCUCUCUCUCCUCUUUUUUUUGUUUCAUCUAAAAAAUUGUAAGAAAUUAAAAAAAAAUCCUAAUGAUAGUCGUAAUAAUAACAAUAAAUAAAAACUAAAUUUAUAAAAAAUGAGAAGUGUAAGUAAUAAAUUUUUUUCUCUCUCUUUUUGUGUUUUUUCUUUAAUCCAAAAAAAAUGUAAAAUAUUAAUAAAAAUCCUAAUGAUAGCAAUAACAAUAACAAAAAAUAAAACAAAUUUUUAAAAAUGAGUAUUACAAGUAAAAAAAUGUUAUUUCUCUCUCUUUCUCUUUUUUUUUUUUUUUUGUUGCUAUAUUAUUACAUUAAGAUGUUUCAUCCAUCAAUUCAAAGUGCGCUGUAAGCAAAAGGGGCGGAGCAUCUUGACUGAAGCCCUGCCUAAAGCACAGAAUCAAUUAUGGAGAUGUUUUGGCUUCACUUGUACACAAUGUGGGGGUCGUGUCAUCCAUCUUUUUCUUCCAGUCAGAGGCGUUUUCUCAGUUUUCGUUGGUCUAACUUCUCGGACUGCUGAGCGGCUUCUCUUUCUGGGCGGGUUUUUCUUUCUUAAAAUGUCAGGAGUUAAUUUUGAGGAUCAGUUUUUGUUUGGUAAUUCGUCUCGUUCUGUGUCUCUGUUUCGAUCCAGGAGCCCAGGUUGUCUUUGACAGAUCCCGCAGAGGUGAUGAUGAUGAUGAUGAUGAUGAUGGUGGUUUUAGCAGCGUUUUAACUCCAGGCUGUGGAGUGAUGAGUGGAGGAUGCUCUGAGUGUUUGUGAUUCAUUGUGUGUCCUGUGUUGCAGAUUGACCGCAGAGUGUCUUUGACCGACUCAGUGAAGGUGAUGAUGAUGAUGAUGAUGUGGUCAUGUUUAGAACAUAAAAACGUGUUUAUGUCCUGAUGCAGAGACGAUCUCUUGCAGAUUCUUGUCUUUUUUUCAGGAAGAGAAAAUGAGCGAUUGAAAGAGUUCAGUCCUCUGGGAUGAUCCAUUUCCACUCAUUACAAACAGCUCAGGCCGUUUUCACUCUCAGAAUAACUGUGGAUUUUCUUUCUAUGUCAGUCAUUUGUAAACUGGUCUGAAUCGCAGUCUGGUAUUUUCUGUCUUUGUUUCAGCUCGACCAAUCACUGAGCAUCCCUCGUAAGGUGACCAAAAGACCGACAUUCUGGGUGUUAAUCCACCUGAAAUCAUUAACAAGAACAUCCACUAAGAGUUGAAGAGCUGAUCACAUGAGCGAUUAACUCUGCAAGCUUGUGGCUGCUUAAUUUUCAACUGAUAAUUUGUUUGUUUUUUGGCAGAGCUGCAAAAUAUUUUGUCAAUUUUUUGGAAAAAAAAUCUAAAAUAUUCAAUAAGAUUUUUACAAAAUGGUGAUUUCUUCUAUAUUUGAUGCUAUAGAUAUUAGUAAUUUUGAAUACAGCUCAAGUCUUUGCAAAUAGAAAUAAUCUUAUUGGACGCUCAAUUCUAGGGCUGGAUGAUAUGGCCUAAAAUCAAUAUCACGAUAUAUUGAGCAGUUCACCUUGGUAACGAUAAAUGGACGAUAACUACUCCACAAGCUGCUCACCCCCUCCCACAUUAACUUCGUCUUGACUUUUUUUUUUUUUUUUUGGCAAAGCUGCAAAAUAUUUUGUCAAUAAAAAAAAAAGAUCAAAAAUAUUCAGUAAAGUUUUUACAAAAUUUUGAUUUCUACUAUAUUUGAUGCAGAAUUGGUCAUUUCGAGUCAAAAUCAAUCCUUAUUAAUGAGACAAGCUUUGCAAAUAGAAAUUAAUCCUAUUGGAUGCGCAAAUAUAGGGCUGGGCGAUAUGACCUCAAAUCAAUAUCACGAUAUAUUGAGCAGUUCACCUCAAUAAUGAUAAAUGGACGAUAACUACUCCACAAGCUGCUCACCCCCUCCCACAUUAACUUCGUCUACUUCAGCCACUACAACUUUUGAACCGUCCUCCAUCUACUCACCUCUUUCUCUCUUUGUUACGGACUGGGAGGGGUGGAGUCACGUCUCUGACGUAGGACAGCGUCUGAAAGGGACAUGAGACCAUAGCCUACCUACACACAUCCAAAACAAACUUUUGCUAACGGUUCCGCUCCACGACUGGACACAAAACAAGCAAACUGCAAAACUUAGCACACAUUUUCAGGCUUGGAUUCCCCAAAGUAGUCUGGAUUGACACUGAAUACUGAAAAAUCAAUAUGGCCAAAAUGACGUAGUUUACUGUCGUAAAUUUUAGUAUUAGUAAGUUUUCAGGUUAUCGCCCAGCCCUACUCAAAUGUCAAGAAUCGUCCAAAAUUUGUUGGAAAUCUUUCCUCUAAUUUAAAGGAGACGUAGGAAAAGACAGAGACAGAUUAGAUGUUGAAUUUUGAUGAAGUAUUGUUUUUUUUUGACCUGAUUUUAAUCCUUUUCCAUCCAUGCAUGCUGUGACGCCGUUUGAAGAAGCAAUAAUCCUCCAGCUUUUGUGGUGUUCCGCUGUUUCCACCGUCCAUCACGAUCUUGCACACUGUCAUGUUUUUUCAUCUUGUGUGUCUGUUUUUUGUUCCCCUCCUUCUUCUUGUCUGUCUCUCAGGGCGCACGAUCCUUCUCUGUGGACAUAGAAAACAUUGAAUCUGGGGUAAAGACAAACAGAUUUAUUUUCUCUUUUUGGAGGAUUAUCUGUCGUUUUGUUUUGUUUUGUUUUGUUUUGGGUCUCAAACGAGAGCUAGCGAGCUUUUCCACCAAUCAAGUAAAGCCGUAAAUUCAUUUGCGUUGUUUCUCCUCUGGCCUCGUAGAAAUACAGACUGCCCUCCAUGGAGUCUCUGGACAUCCCAGAAUGCAUUCCGGCUGCUAAGGAUACAAAACACGGCCAAUGGCUGCGCAGGAGACGUCUGGACGGAGCGCUGAACCGAGUCCCUGUUGGAUUUUACCAGAAAGUCUGGAAGAUCCUGCAGAAGGUCAGUCCAUACGCUGACUAUGAGCAUCCUGGUUUGGACUUCGAUUUUAAUGGUUGCAUUAUAGAUAAAAAUAACUUUCACCCCUUCAAAAUAAAAGCUCUAAUUUUAAAAGUGAAGGUUAAGGGCCCGUGUCCACUAGCAGCAUUAGCUUUCAGUGCCUCAAGUUAAACAUAGUUCAACUUUUGAACUUCACGAUUUCGUCAAUGUCACUUCUCCACUUCAAAAUAAAGGAGGGGUGGGACUUCUGAUUUCAACAGAGGUCCAAACAGAGGAAAAACUGUCGGACCUGGUGCUUAAAAACCUCGGCCAAGAGUUCAGUAUUUGGUGUCUGGAUGACCACAUACCUAAAACUGAUCCUGACUGGAUUUUUGAGCUGAUGAUUUUCACCUAAAUCAUUUAUUGUGAUGAAUUUCUGGCAUGUUAGAAAGUCUCAGUGGCUUACUUCCAAUUUGUGGACUAAAGUCUCUGCAAAUGAUGUCUCCGUAACAAGCCGAUAAUUGGUUGACCAAAGGACGUCUGAACCGAGCUUUGUCCUUAAUUUGCUCAAAUAGUAACGACUGUUUCAAAUCUGUCUCCCAGUGUCACGGUCUGUCCAUCGAAGGGUUCGUCCUUCCGUCGUCAACCACUAGAGAGGUAAGAGGCCCUCUUGGUUUCAUUCUUGACGUUUUUCAGGCUCACCUGAUCCUGACCCUGUAAAUACGUUUUGUCUUCUCCGCCAGAUGACCCCAGGUGAGAUCAAAUUCUCAGUCCACGUGGAGACGGUUCUGAACCGCGUCCCUCAGCCGGAGUACCGUCAGCUGCUGGUGGAGGCCAUCCUGGUGCUCACCAUGCUGGCCGACGUGGAGAUCCCGAGCAUCGGCUCCAUCAUCCACGUGGAAAAGAUCGUCCACCUAGCUAACGACAUGUUCUACAAAGAUCAGGUAACUCCAACCUCCAAUUUGCGCCGCAAUCGGAAAGACUACGAAAAGGCCGUAUCCGCCGAUCGUAGCUGAUCGUAACCGUUUAAGUGAGCGUGUCAAUUUCCAACGGCUUCUUUCCGUUCUGCUCCUCCAGAGGGAUCUGGGAGCAGAGGAGUCCAUCCUGGAGAGGGAUCCAGCCACCAGCGUGUGCAGGCUGCUCUACGACAGCGCCCCCAGCGGACGCUUUGGGAGCAUGACUUACCUCACGAAGGCGGUGGCGGUGUACGUGCAGGACUUCUUACCCAGCGGCUCGUGCGCGGUGCAGUGAGCGAGGACAUUUGUUACAUAAAACAACAAAAACAGGCUGAACAGUGACGAUAUGUUAGCAUCAUGUUACAAAGGUUUUUUAUUUAUUAUCGGUAAAUCAGACUUCGACAAAAACACACUCGCACUGUGAUUAAAACGAAUGUACACUGUAUUAUUACGAUAACACCUUUUUUAUUGGAAAGGGCAUUCAGACAGGCUCACUAUCUACGACCUUGUUUUUCGGCAGCUUGGUCGCCAUGGCAGCCGUCUUUUCACCCACGUCAGAUAGUCAGAAAGUUUGUCCGUCGGCAAUAAAAGGGGCUAGAAUCAAGAUUUUUGUCGGUUUGCUGUGUGUUACAUACAGAUCCAUGGUUUCUAUUGUGUAGUUAAAAGUCGUACCAUCAGUGUUUUAACGGUUAGCUUAAAAAAAGACGGACGUCAGGUCUCUGCCCCGCCUAUUUUGACUAAAUUAAGACCAAAUAACCAUUAUUUAACUUCAAAACAAGGCAUUGAAGAUUGGUCAAGAGUUCAGCAAUGUGCAGUUUUGAUGCAGAUGUGUAGCUCUGACUAGAAACUACUAGUUUUCGACACUUGAUAUUGAUGUCAUACUCUUUCCAGUAACCAAAUGAAACAUGUAACGUAGUGAUAAAGCUUUGAGAUCUCUCAACUGUUCAGCAAUGUGCAGUUUUGAUGUCGAUGUGUAGACCAUCCAUCACAAUAACUCGGAUUUGAAUGACAGAAACUAUGUUCGAAUUUUCUUGACAUGCUAACGUGGAGUAGGCGGAGUUCAUUACCGCUACUGCGGCUAGCCAGCAGGGGGAGCCCUUUUUUGCUCUUUCUUUAGCUUCACAGUCAGUGUACACUUGUGACGAUCAUUUUAAUUAAAUUGUUUAGUAGUACUGCUAGACUGGUCUGCUUAAAGCGCCAUCUUCUGGAUGAAAUACACCAACAUAACAAAUACCUCUCUGUUUAUUAGUUGCACUGGUGUAAAGGAGGCAGCUCACUCUCUAUAUGACAAAAAAGUCUUUAAAAGAGCGACUGAUACACCAAAACUUCCGGUAAUUCUAAUUUGAGAAUUUGAUCCAUAUCCCAUCGGUCAACAUGGAGGCUUUAUGACUCAAACUGCAAAACUAAUAAAAUAAAUUAACAAUAAAAUUUUCCAAAAGUGAGAGUCAACCCCGAAACAUUUCGAGUAUUAUAGCACUCAGAGAUAAUUCAAAAAGCAGUAAAAAAUGUUGUGGAAUAAAAGCAAAAAUCUGCAAAAUUUUUGAUGAUUACACCAAAAUUUAGGGUAAUUCUGAUUUUAGAAUUUGACCCAUAUUCCAUCAGUUUACAUGGAGGCUUUAUGACCCACACUGCAAAACUAGUUAAAUAUUUUUUUUAUUAUUAUUGUUUGAGCUGUAGCCCAUUAUUACCAAAAGUGAUGAAGUAAAAGCUGAAAACAUUAAAUUCUCACUUUUAUAGACAAGUGAUGAAAAAUUUUCCUUUUUUUUAUUCUAAUAUUCAGAUUUUUUUUUCAUAUCAUUAACAAUAAAAUUUUCCAAAAGUGAGAGUUAACCUUGAAAUAUUGCGGGUAUUAUAGCGCACAGAGAUAAUUCAAAAAGCAGUAAAAAAUAUUGUAGAAUAAAAGCAAAAAUCUGCAAAAUUUUUGAUGAUUUUAUCACUUAUUUAAAGCUCCGGUGAGCCUUAACCGCAGUCCGUUACUCCUAUUAUAAUGAAAGCGUACACCACACAGCCUAAAGUAGUCGAUUGUCAAUGUUGGAUGUAAAAUCUUUGGUUGUUUGUUUAAUUGUUUGUUGAUUCUUUUGGGAAUUUUUGGCGAGUAGAAAAAGAGAAAGCACCGGAUCUCUCCUUAAACUUAAACUCCUGGUGGUCUUUUCUUUUAGGGAAAAAACAGUCAAACAUAUCAACCAUGACGGCACUGGAAAAUAACCGAUUUGACUGUAACUCUUGGUAGCUAAGGGACUCACAUGAAACUUUAGCCAGAAAACAUAUUUUUUUUCACAGGUGUGACGUUGUAUUUCAAGAAAACAAAUCUGUUUCCUCAUGUUUGUAACUUACACAUAAUGAAUAAUUUCUGUAAUUGAAUCUAAUUUAUUACUUACGUUACCUCUGAUCCUUCUACUGUAUGAUGUGUAAAAGAAAGGCAAACAUUAGAUCACUUUUCUUCUAUUUAUUUUAAACUUCUUAAUAAAUAAUUUGGGAGAGUCGUGGCAGACAUGAGGGGGUUUAAACGCCUUAACAUUUGCAUGCGUCAAAGUUUGUGUGUGAGUGCUGUUUGGUUUGUAACUUUGCAGAAAUGACAGAAUGUGUGAAAUAAAACUGGCUCAUUUUUUAACACAAA